UUGGUGCGCUUUCAGUUGUCGCGGGCUGUUGGAAGUUAACUGCAAGUCACUGCAACCAUCUAAGUUAAAUAUACCUUAAGCGUUAACAAAGAGAUAUUUUUACAGUUGUAUUUAACUACCAACAUAUUUAUAUUAUCCUCAGUCCACUGAGAAGGACGUUUGUGCUACGGUACAUCCUCUAUUUAGCUAGCUAGGUUUUUACAUAUUUGAAAACGCGCAAAAAUGUUCGAGGCACGGCUAGUCCAGGGUUCAAUUUUGAAGAAGGUUCUGGAGGCACUUAAAGACCUUAUCACCGAAGCCUGCUGGGAUGUUAGCUCAUCGGGCAUCUCGCUUCAAAGCAUGGACUCGUCCCACGUCUCCCUGGUGCAGCUAACCCUCCGCAGUGAUGGAUUUGACUCGUACCGCUGUGAUCGCAAUCUUGCCAUGGGAGUUAAUUUGGGCAGCAUGUCCAAGAUACUGAAGUGUGCAGGCAAUGAUGAUAUCAUCACCCUGCGGGCAGAGGACAAUGCAGACACACUUGCCUUGGUCUUUGAGACUCCCAACCAGGAGAAAGUAUCAGACUAUGAGAUGAAGCUGAUGGACUUGGAUGUCGAACAGCUUGGAAUCCCAGAGCAGGAGUACAGUUGUGUGGUGAAGAUGCCCUCAGGGGAGUUUGCCCGAAUUUGCCGGGACCUGUCGCAGAUCGGCGAUGCAGUCAUGAUCUCCUGCGCAAAGGACGGGGUGAAGUUCUCUGCCAGCGGGGAGCUCGGGACAGGGAACAUCAAGCUGUCCCAGACUAGCAACGUGGACAAGGAGGACGAGGCAGUGACCAUCGAGAUGAGCGAGCCAGUGCAGCUUAUCUUUGCACUGAACUACCUCAACUUCUUCACCAAGGCCACGCCCCUCUCCAAGACAGUCACCCUAAGCAUGUCAGCUGACAUCCCCCUUGUGGUGGAGUACAAGAUUGCUGACAUGGGACACGUCAAAUACUACCUGGCACCUAAAAUUGAUGAAGAGGCGUCCUAAAGACGGACACAACUGGUCCUGGAGAAAGGUGGAGCAGUGAGGAGUGGGUGGGGUGACAUUAAUUUUACAAAGGGUUCCCCCAGGAACAUCCCUUUAUUCCCGCUGAUUUCUACACUUUUCUGGUUUUUGUUGUUUUUUUUUUGUUAAGUUUGUGCUCGUUUUAUAUCCGUGUCAGUUGAUAAAAUCUUCAUUGCUGUGUAAAGGAUCGAGUUGACACUGAAGAGCCAUUUGUGUUAGAUGCUAAGAGGUUGAGGAGACAAUGAAAUAUAAAGUUUUAAGAUCCUUGUUUGGACCUCCUAACAGAUUUAAGUACCUGCUUUGUAAUGUAAAGGGAUGUAUGUGUUCAAAACUGGUGAUAUGUACAGUUUAGUUCAGGGAGUCGAAUCAGAUUACAUGAGUAGCACUUAACCUCAACCUCUGGCAGCAUCCCAUUCCUGUGUACCCUCGCUUAUUCCUCUCCUCGAGCCCUGCUCCAUGGUCAAACUCCUUUAAACGCUCACUCUUAUUUGUAGAUUCCUCUGUAAAUAUAUGCGUUUGACCACAGCUUUUUCAGACCUCCAUUUUGUAUGACUUGCUUU